GAAAGUGUCUCGAUGAAUGGAGGUGUGUUGGGGGAGUCGUGAGAGAGAGAGGUCGUGUCGGGGGCGUGAAGGUGCUUUGGCCUUGAGUUGUCGAUGCCGAGCACCUUAUCUACUACCCGCGAGACUCGCCACCGGGUGGAGCACAGCCUGCUCUGGCCGGACCACUGGCCGAUCGCCUGCUCGACAUCCGUUGGGACAGCGCCCUGCGACGACUGGCCGAUCGCCUGCUCGCCACCCGAGUAUACAGCGGUCCGUUGAGCCUCGGGCGCACUACGCAUGAGCAGCGGGAGGCGCGAGGCGGCACGUGUUGCAGGCGCCACCCCACAGGCCUCCUACUGCGCCCGCCGAGCUGCGAGGCAGACGCCGAGGUGGCGUCCAGCGCCGGUACGCUGGGCCACACGACCAUGUCGCCCUACGCUGCGCUCCCCGCCCAGCGCAUUCAUUCUGCGCCGCCGUGCAGUUGAGCCGGGUAUGCGGGCGCCUGCAGGUGGGCGGCAGGCGGCAGGAUGCAGGCGGCGCAGUGAGAGGCCGAAGCGACAAGGCCCGAGAGGAGGCCGGCCCAGAUCGCCUCGGCUCGGGCUCUGCGCUGCAGGUCGGCGCAGCAGCAGCGGCGACGGCGACGGCGGCGGAGCAGGUGGCCGCAGCGAUCUCGUCAUGGGCCGCCGUGGCGGGACGAGCUGGCGACACGCGAUCCGUGCGUCGCUGCCCACAGCGCUGCCGUCCACGACACCGCAUCGAGAAAAGCGUCUCUCGGACGAGACUGCGCCGCUACUCGUCCGGCAGCGAAGCACAGUCGCGGUGCGAUAGCCUAGCACACCGCCGCCGUGCUGGCUUCACGGGCCGUCGCUGCCCAGCCGAGGGGCUUGCGCCGCCGGCUAAGACGAGCUCUGGGUGCCUCCCGGCCGAAGGUGACCGCCGUCUGCUCUCGUGCGCAU